UCCCCUAGAGGCUUAUUAUUCUCCUCUCCAUUUCCAUGUCUCUCUUCCACUUAUAAUCACCAUAUUUUCCCCUAACAUUCUCAUUUUUCCCAUAAUAAUAAUAAAAGAAAAAUGAGCAAUUCCCCGUUGGCCACGGGCACCAUCACAACUCGUCGGAGACCGGUUGAUUUUGUUGAAUAUGCUGAGGAAAAUGGUAACGGAAAAGUUGAUUUUAACACACAAAAUGUGCAGCAUAAUAUUGGCCAUCAUCAUCAUCAUAGAAGAACAUCGGUUAAUUCAAUAUUGAGACCAGGAAGAUAUCUGAGCCGUUGGAUUUUUGGUGUAUUAAUGUUACUUAUGGUUUCUACCAUGUUUGUGAAGAUUAUUCUGAUACAUAUAUUUCUUAGAGUCAAUGCCACCAUGACUUCCCAUGAUUUCUUGCAACUUCCACGUGACUUCAUCCAUGCACAGAAUAGUGAAAUUUGGACAAACCCCGGAAGUGAUAAGUAUUAUAAAUGCAUCGAUCGAUCAAGUAUAGAGACAAGAGACAAAACUAUCAGCAAUGGUUAUAUUCUAGUUCAUGCAAAUGGAGGACUUAACCAAAUGAGAACCGGUAUAAGCGAUAUGGUAGCAGUAGCAAAACUAAUGAAUGCCAGCUUGGUUCUUCCUUUGUUAGAUCACAAAUCCUUUUGGACUGAUCCUAGUGAAUUCAAAGAUAUCUUUGACUGGCAGCACUUUAGAAAAGCUUUGGAAGAUGAUAUUGAAGUAUUGGAGUCUCUUCCUCCAAGUGUUGCAAAUGUGAAACCUCUCGUGAAGGCACCUGUUUCUUGGUCAAAGUCCAGUUACUAUAGUAGAGAUAUUCUGAAGUUACUGAAAAGACACAAAGUAAUAGAAUUCACUCACACUGAUUCGCGACUCGCUAACAAUGGCAUCCCAGAUUCAAUCCAAAAACUCCGGUGUCAUGCCAUGUAUGAAGCGAUUCGUUUUACUGAGGAAAUCGAAGAACUUGGAACAAAAUUAGUAAGCAGACUCAAGGAAAAUGGUGAACCAUAUAUAGCUCUCCAUUUAAGAUAUGAGAAAGAUAUGCUGGCUUUCACAGGCUGCAAUCACAAUCUUACCAGAAAGGAAGCAGAGGAACUUCGAAAAUUAAGGUACAAAACUAAGCAUUGGAAAGAAAAAAGGAUAAAUGGGACAGAAAAGCGGCUCCAGGGGCUUUGUCCCAUGACACCUCGAGAGGCUGCUAUUUUUCUAGAGGCAAUGGAAUAUCCAUCCAACACUAAAAUAUGCAUAGUUGCCGGAGAGAUUUUUGGCCAAAAUGGAUUAAAGUCUCUUCAAGAAAGGUAUCCAAAUGUAUAUUCCCAUUCCAAUUUGGCAACAGAACAAGAGUUGAAGCCUUUCAGGCAAAGGCAUAAUCAGCUUGCUGCAUUAGAUUAUAUUAUAGCUCUUCAUGCCGAUGUUUUCUUCUACACCUAUGACGGGAAUAUGGCCAAAGCAGUUCGGGGUCACCGCCUUUUCCAAGGCUUUUGGAAGACUAUCAAUCCUGACAAGCAAAAUUUUGUUAGACUUAUUGAUGAAAUGGACAACAAGAAGCUGACUUGGAAAGAAUUUGCAACUCAAGUUAUGGGCUUACAUGUAAACAGGACAGGAGCACCAAAUGUUAGAGUUGUUGGGGAUUCACCAAAACUGGAGGAAAAUUUCUAUGCAAAUCCGUUCCCCGGUUGUGUUUGUCUCAGACCAACCCGAGAGUAAUAAAGUCAAAAAGUAAUUAACUGGACUAGGACGGGUGUGGAAAUGUUUCGGACAAAAGGGACUGAUGAGGAGCAGAAAGGCAAGAAAGUUAUUCCUAAUUGCUUAUAGGCUUACAACGGCUAAACUCUCAAAAGCAGAUGGAAAAGUCUCUGGAGAGUAAGAUUCUCAGUUCACAUCCACGGCACAGAGCCAACAGACUAAAGGCAUAUAAAUUUGAUGGGUUCAACUUUUAAGGUUCUUACACUGAACCAGUUGCACUUUGAAAAUUAUGGCUUCAGAAUUUAAUAUUUGUUGACAUUUUAGUAAUUAUUCACAUGUAUAUCUAUCUAUACUCUGUCGAAAAUAUUAUUCAAUUGAACCAUAAAAUGUAAGGCCCAUCUGCCUGCCUCUGCAACAAACCAGUUAACUCAGAGCCAGAUCAGAUCGCCUGUAUAUAAUCUUCAGCUUGCCAGAUCUUCAGUAAUUGUAUAUCUAGAAAUGGAAAAGCAAUAAAUCAA